CACACAUACACACACGCGCGCGCGCGCGCGCACACUGCUCUUAAUAGUGAAGUGAAGUGAGAAAUAUUGCAGCAGUUUGACUUUAGAUCCGUUUAAGUGUUUGUUAUCGAGGUAUGACAAAACAUUUGGAGUGUGAAGUUUAACGUACAAUGUGAGAAAACCAUGAAGGCAAAGCUGGGAUUCAUUUGGGAUGCUGUCCAAAUGUUUAUUGCACUUUGGUCAGUGUUCAGCGUUCACACGGUUUUACUGGUCCACGGUCAGGAAGGUGAUGGGUGCGGACACACAAUCCUGAGUCCCAUUAGUGGCACCGUGGCCUCCUGGAACUACCCCGGCACGUACCCCAACCACACGCAGUGCGUGUGGAGCCUGAAAGUACCGGCAGGAUACAUGCUGUACCUCACAUUUGGGGACUUUGACCUGGAGUGGAGUAAGGACUGCAAAGCCGGAGCUCUUACCAUCACUGAUAAAAGUAAAAGCAUUACCCUGGGACCUGUGUGUGGGCAGCUGGCUGCCUCAGAAAAGUACAUGUUGGUGAACAGUAGUGAAGUGACAGUGCACUUUGUGUCCCACACACACCGAUCCGGACGAGGCUUCCUGCUCUCCUACUCAAUCAACCAAAUCCAAGACCUCAUAUCAUGUCUUCACAGAGGAAGCCACUUUACCUCCCAGCAGUUCAGUGUGUUUUGUCCUGCGGGGUGCAAGGAUGUGACAGGAGAAGUCUGGGGUCAGCAUGGACAAGGCUACAGAGAUACCUCUGUGCUGUGCAAAGCUGCAGUCCAUGCAGGGGUCAUAUCAGACAGCCUGGGAGGCAUAAUUAAUGUAACCCUGCAGAGAGGCAUCACGCUGUAUGAAUCAAGUUUUGCUAAUGGAGUCCUGUCCAAAACAGGGUCAUUGUCAGAUAAGAAGCUUGUCUUCAGCAGAGUAUGUGACAGCGUGUUAGCAGUUAUGACCUACAACGCGUCUUCCAUGUCAACGGAUGUGGACAGAGUGAACUGGAUUUCAGAAAACGGGGACUCGAGAGGACAGUUUGUGAAGUGGCACGCCAGGAUUGAGGAUCAGCAGCCAUGGCUGGAACUGGAGCUCUUUAAUCGUAGCACUAUCACAGGAAUAAUAACAGAGGGUCUGUCAAACUCUUUUAUUGAGACUUACACACUGAAGUUUAGCAAAGAUCGCAAAACAUGGAAAAUUUACAAGGAUGCAGCUAGCAAAGAGAAAAAGGUGUUUGAAGCCUCAUCUGAUGGCCACACAACGGCUCUCAACAGCCUUUUUCCCCCGAUACCAGCCCGUUACCUCCAGCUCUGGCCCCAGCGCUGGCACGGCAGAGUCUCUUUACAGGUGCAAGUGCUUGGAUGUCCAUUAUCUGUGUUUCGACCACGAUCCAACCCUGGUGGAUCCAGCGCAGUGCAGCCAGUUCCCACAGAAACCGUGCGGCUGAAUGAGUUCUCCACCGAGAGUCCUGUGGUCAUAAGCUCAAGCCAAAGCUCCAACCAGCCAUUGAUAUUGGUGGUGGGUGUGGUUCUGGGUGUGGCUCUGUGUGUGUGCUGCCUGUUGGCCGGACUGUUGUGGAGGAGAAGGAAAAAGGGUGUACACAUGAAGAAGUGUUGCCUUGACACAGGCUGUCAAGGUGUCCAUGGGAUAAAACUGCCCUAUACUGAAUCAGAGCUUGUGUCCUACCCUCUGGCUAGGAACAUCCAUGACAGUCUACCUAACCCUCCUCUCAAUGACUAUGCUGAACCUGAUGUUCUCACAGGUGGACAGAAAGUGGGAGUCACCUUCCGACCACCUCUGGAUGAGGGCUACACUGUUCCCUUUUCCAUUAACCAUUAUGACACACCGAAUCAUCUUCCUGAAUACGCCGAGCCCCUGCGGCUCGAACCAGAAUACGCCACACCAUUCAACGAGCCAGUCCUCGAUCCCUCUAUCACCACACAGCUAAAGAACCUCUCUCACCUUCGCACAGCUCCCAGUGCUUUACAAUACGACUGCCCUGCUCACCGACGCCUUUCUAAUGGAUAUUGCACUCCUUUUGUUAACAACACAGCAAACCACACACAAGCCCAGUCUGGAGAUUUGGUAGUGCAGCAUACGUAUCACGAGCCCCUGUGAGCGCUGAACACUCGGCUGUAAAUCUUAUCGGCGAAGGUCAUGUUUGCAGUUUCCAACUGUAAAUAUUAAAAGUUUCCAGGCUGCUGUGAGACUUAAAGAAUUCACUGUUGGCUCCCUUGAGUGGCAAAGAUAGCCAAUUGGACGGUAUAUUCUGUAUUUAUUAUUGUUGUUAUUGUUUAGAAAUGGAAAAAAACAUAAUUUUUAUACAACUUUGUUAGAUGGAAGUGCACAGUGACCUAUGGGUUCGCUUUAAUUUUAUUCCUACAGCAUGCACCAAUCCGUAGUCCCUUAUAGUUAAUGACUAUGAGGGUAUAAGUGAUCUUGCUGCAGAUGAAUACAGUCAGUACUGUAACCACAGUUUUUUCCUGUUAUGGAUGUUUCUGGGUUAGUUUUAUACCUAUAAUGUAUAAAUGUGAAUAUAUAUAUAUAUAUAUAUAUAUAUAUAUAUAUAUAUCCAUCAUUAACUCCUAAAAAAGCAGCAUUGUAUAUCCAAAGCACCUUUAAAAUGACAAAUGAUAUAUAAAUUAUAACAAACUAGAUGUAUGUAUUAUGGGUACAAUACCACUGAACUUGAUGUUGACUGAUGACUAUUUUAUAUGAAGUUAAGGAUUUGGAUUCUGAGAUGGACCACUGGCCUUUUUUGUAUAUUUAUAUAAUUGAGACUAAUAUUAAUAUACAGAAUGUGCAUACUGCAUGUGUUUACAGUACACAAGUAUAUUGAGGUACAAAACAGUUGUUUAUUGCUGGAAAAAAUAAAGUUAA